UAAGCUCGUUUAGUUGGUUCAUAUUCCACUUGUGUUCUCCAUGGAGAAUAAGGAAUUUUCCAGUUGUUUUCAUAUUCGAGUUCGAGCAAAAAGAAUAAAUAAGGGAGUAAAAACCAAAUACGAACAAAGAAGUUCGUUUCGUGCUACUUAUGCCUUCUUGCCUGUGCUUCACGGCGAGUGGUAUAUAGCUUUUCGUUAUCUUUUUCUUUGAAUUCGAGUAAAAGAAAAGUGGAACUGUGUUUGAUGGGCACUAAUUUAUUUGGUUUCUUCUUGGUGAGAGGAUUAUUGUAUCAAAUGGAAGAAGAGUGGAGAGAAAGUUCGUUUCGUGCUACUUAUGCCUUCUUGCCUGUGCUUAACGGCGAGUGGUAUAUAGCUUUUCGUUAUCUUUUUCUUUGAAUUCAAGCAAAAGAAAAGUGGAACUGUGUUUGAUGGGCACUAAUUUAUUUGGUUUCUUCUUGAGUGAGAGGAUUAUUGUAUCAAAUGGAAGAAGAGUGGAGAGAAAUGGGAGCACAAGAGGAAAAAUUGUAAAAAAUGGCUGGGACCCAGCCCAAUGGGUCAUUGACCCCAAAAUUGUGUGUCAUUGCCAAAAUAUCAGUUAAUGAAUAGUAAAAAGUAGAACAGUGUUUUUAAUAUAAGAAAAUAAGAAUAAGAAUGAUAGUGACUUUUGUCUUACAGCUGAAGCAGACAUGCAACGAUUGAGAAAUGCUCUCUAAACUGGGUUUGUAAUGUGGUGAUCAGAAUCAAUCUUGUACUCUAGUCUCUAUACUACCACAUCGAGGCGUGCCAGACUGCAGAAGCUUUCCUUUCGCUUGUUCAAUUGUUCUCGCAGAAUUCAGCAGAAGAAGGCCAAAUCACCUCUUCAAUAUGGCAGUAGUGACUCUGAUUAUUCCAAUCUUACAUCCAAAAGUCGAUGAUAAAGGACAACUUGGUUUUGCUAGGGAGUUGUUAUCAUAAGCUGGAAAUGGUGAGGACUCUGAGAAGCGCCGAAGGGAAUGUGCUACGUACAGGGACAACCUCAUCUCGCCGAUCAUUAUGACAGGACAAUGCUGCAUAAAAAACCACUGGAUGUGAAAUUAAGCCUGUCAAAAAGGAGCGGGAGCGUAACCAUGAGUGUGGUUUCAGUCAAGAUUGCAACCUUCAGACCUUCAUACUUUAGCAAUACCGAGAGAUCAGUCGGUUACCCUUUGCUGGAGAACGCCCAAGUCUCCCCGAGGCAAGGUGCCUCACGAGCGUCAGAAGUCGCCAUUAGCAGGGUGGGUUCUACCAUGUGGCAUGGCUAAGUAGUUGUGUGAGUAGUGACAGUGAUAGUGAUAGGAUACACAGUCAUAUCUGUGUAGACACAGAAUUCUUAUUCAGUAGGAGACAGGGGAGGAAGUGAUUGAUCACCAUAACUCUCUGCAUUUUUUUGUGUAUCUGUAUAUUGAACCACAAACUCUGUAACUCAUGGACGAUAGUCAUAAUAUCGAAGGUAACCCAGUUCAGGUGUAGCAGUAAACAACAGUCUCUUUCUGAAGAAUUCAAACGAUGACAAAGAGCACUUUCGGGUUGAUAGCCUAGCAAGUGCUACGUAUGACUCUUUUACGGCAGCUUCUUGUGUUGACAGCUGAAAAUGCAGUGUAGGACGAUGGGUGAUUAAGAGUGUUUGUAUGAGUCAUUUGGUACUAAAUAACUUGUUUUGCA